AUGGGGUUUUCUUGGGAAGACGCGCAGGCAGUGCUUGCUGCUGCAGCAGACCCCGAGAAGCUCGAGGAAAUUGCCCAGCGCCUCUCCACUGAGGAGGAAAAGGAGUAUUCCAAAAGCCUCAUAGCCCUCGAAAAAGAAGAAGUCCUUCUCAAGCCCAACCCCAGAAGAUGGGUGGUGCUGCCGAUUGUGCACCACGAAGUGUGGAACAUGUACAAAAAAGCCGAAGCUUCUUUUUGGACCACCGAAGAAAUCGACAUGAGUGCCGACUUGGCCGACUGGGCCACUUUGGACUCCAACGAGCAGCACUUCAUCAAACACGUCCUGGCCUUCUUCGCCGCCAG